UUUUGUCAACCUAGAGUGAACGAAAUUUGUUUAAACUACGGUUGGGAACAGUGAACGAAAUUUUAAAUAAUCUUAGAGGAGUUUUGAUUGCAAGAUGAAAACUCUUCUGAUAGCCUUAGUGCUUGUUUGUGGGAUUUUGUGUGAAUCCCACUAUGCGGCGGCCGAAAGUAGCAACAUCAUCGAUCGGGGUCUUGCCAUCCUGACUAACGCAGUGGCCAGGGGCAAGGAAAUUCUGGACCGAGGCGUAGGCGUCAAAUCGGAGCGCAUGCAAAGCAUCGAUUUCUUCGGCAGCAAAUUGGAAACUAACAUUGGAGUGAAGACUGGAUUUGGAGAUGCAGUUGCUCAGCCAAGCAGUGCCGAAGAUGAUCUCGCUCGUAAGAAACGAUCGGCACAGUUGAUCACAAAUACCAACUCCGGCACCAAUAUCAACGUCGUUAAAAUUAAGACGGUGAACAAUUUUGGAUCCACACCGGCUGCUUCAUCAGCAUCAUUGCUUGCUCGUAGAGCACGGUUGAGCGAAGGUAUUCAAGGUGCCCUGCGGGCAGGCGUUCCAGUAGAGUAUGGAAAAAUUGAGGAGAAAAUGACGGUAAUGGUUAGUGAUACUGAAGUAUCGCCCGAGGGUUUGAUAAAAUCCAACAAAGUACAGGAGACGCAUGAGGGGACAUUGAAAGAAAUCACAAUCAAUGGAGGCAAAAAUAAGAAAAGCUAUAGACGAGGGGCAGGUCCAACAGGUACAGUUGUCCUGAAAUCUUUUGAAGAAAAGAAGACGGAGGCAAACAUCAAGUCCGAGAUGAAACGUGGUGGUCCCUUGAAAACUCAUGCUGUUGUAGAGUCGAUUAACGCAAACGCGAAGACUGUUAGUAUAAAUGGAAAGACAAUUAACCCUGAUGGCAAAAACUCAAUUGAUGAGCUGCUUCCCGAACAGAUGAUGCCACUACAGCGAUCACAACGAUCUCCUCAGGAAGAAUCGAGCACUGAAGGUGGCCCUAGAGGUGGUCCGCCGAAAGGUGGCCCAGGAGGUUGUGGCCCUCCACCUGGUGGUCCAGGAGGUCGUGGACCUCCACCUGAUGGUCAAGGCGGUCCAAAUGGAAGGGGUCCUCCACCUCCAGGAGAAGGAGGUAAUCAGCAAGAAUCGUCGACAGAAACUAACAGGGCAAAGCGUGCAGUUCAAGCUAAUCCCUCGCCAGCAAAUAAAGUAGCAGAGGCUGGACAAAACGAAUCUGGCAGUGGCUCCGAUAGCGAUUCGAAUUCAGAAGAAGAUUCAAAGGAGACGACAGCAGCCAAUCGUCGCAAACGAUCACCGUGUGGUCGUGGCCAAACUACUACUGUAGCAGCUAGAAAGAAGCGUGAUAUUUUUGCCGAUUUCGAUGAAGUGUUUCGUGAAAAAAGAUCUCCCUGUGGUCGUGGAACAACAACGGUUGCCGCAAGAAAAAGACGAGAUAUUUCCAGUGAUUUAGCAGACGAACGAGUAAAGCGUUCCCCAUGUGGAGGCGGAAGAACAACAACUGUGGCUGCUAGGAAAAAGCGGGAUGCGAUGUCGGAAAUAAUUUCUGCCCUCACAUCGCAGCGUGAAAAGCGAUCUCCAUGUGGACGAGGAACAACAACGGUGGCCGCUAGAAGAAAACGUCAAUCUGUAUCUGAGUUCCUAGGACUUAAACCAGCUGACGUUGAUGACCGAUUGGACGUUUUGCGGAACAAAAGAUCUCCCUGUGGUAAGGGAACCACAACCGUUGCAGCAAGACGCAAAAGAGGAGCCCUUGAAAGUGAUUUUGCAAGGGAAAAGCGGUCUCCUUGCGGAGGAAAAACGCCUACUACGGUUGCUGCAAGGAAGAAGCGUGAAACCAAUGAUCAGGUUAAUUUGGAUUCAAGAUACAAACGUUCUCCCUGUGGUGGUAAAACUCCAACCACGGUAGCCGCCCGAAAGAAACGAGAAACUGAAUUGGAAGCAACUUUUAAUGAGGUCCAACAGUCUGGAUUGCAAUUACCAUGGGAAAGGUUCAAACGUUCGCCCUGUGGAGGAAAAACCCCGACAACAGUGGCCGCCCGUAAGAAACGUGACACAGAGUUUGAACGCAACAAACGUUCGCCAUGUGGAGGUAAAACUCCGACAACAGUAGCCGCCCGAAAAAAACGAGAAACUGAAUUGGAUGCAGCAGUUAAUGGGAUACAACAGUCUGAAUUGCAAUUACCAUGGGAACGAAGCAAACGCUCACCCUGUGGAGGAAAAACUCCGACAACAGUGGCCGCUCGUAAAAAACGUGACACGGAGCUCGAACGUAACAAACGUUCGCCAUGUGGAGGUAAAACUCCGACAACAGUGGCCGCUCGUAAGAAACGAGAAACAGAGUUAGAACCCUCAACUAACGAAAUCCAACAAUCGGACCUAGAAUCCUCCCUAAAUCGAAACAAACGUUCGCCUUGCGGAGAAAAAACACCAACGACGGUAGCCGCUAGGAAAAAACGUGAAACCGAAUCGCAAUCAGAGCUAGAUCGUGCCAAACGUUCGCCUUGUGGAGGAAGGAGAGGAGGAGGAUCAUCGGUGACAACGGUGGCGCCCGCAGCUCGUAAGCGACGUGAUGCAACUCCGGAGCAGACAUCAACUGAGAUCAAGAGCUGGUUCAACAACAUGUUGGAUACGGUGGUUGAUCUAGCAAAAACGCUUGUCGAGAAAACCAAGAGCCUGUUUCAGCGAGAAGGUGGAGCCAAUGCUACGGCUGGCGAGAAUACGGAUGCGGAACGCUUUUAGUUAAUGUUUAAAUUUUCAAAAUAUUUCUACCUAAAAAAUUGUUUAAAAUUUUAAUGGUCCAAUUAAAAUUAAAUUGGAGUCUUCUGUCAAACGCUUUUGACAAAAACACUUGAAAAGUUCGAAGUAUAUUCUUGUAAAACUUGAAUAAAUUGACCAAAUAUCUGAUGACUUCUA